UAAAAUGAUGGCUAAGGAAAUUACAGACACUAUCAUCUUUGCCACCCACGAUCUCCUCGUGUUAAGGAUAAAGAGAGGGAGAUUUUUCAGUGAAUAUCCGAACUAAAAAUAGUACUUCCGCUAAGCCAGGGUCAGUUCCGUUAUUUGUGAUCAACAGACACAGAGAAGAGGAAAGUUCAUUUUGAGUUGGUGGAUUUUAGGAUUGAAGCCUGAAGCUGACAGGUUAUAUAUAAAACUGCAACGAAUACGAGGAGGCUGAUGAUGGAACGAUUGGUGUGGCUCCUGUUGUUUUUAAGUGUCAUAUUCAGCCAGGCUGUCAACACUGUGGACGUCGAUCCAAACGGUUAUGUAGUAUACUGUCCUUGUAUGGGUCGCUUUGGGAAUCAGGCAGAUCACUUUCUCGGAUCUCUGUCAUUUGCUCAUGGCUUGAACAGAACCCUGGUGCUUCCCCCUUGGGUAGAGUACAGGACAGGAGAAAGGAAUUCUGUCCAAGUGCCCUUUGACACAUAUUUCCAAGUAGCUCCUUUACAAGACUACCACCGUGUUAUGACAAUGGAGAAGUUUAUGAAAGAACUGGCACCUGUAAUUUGGCCACCAGGAAAAAGAACAG